AUGCACAAUCAGAUAUCACUUGACGGUGAGCUCCUCGGUGAGCUCACCUCCAAGACUGCGAUCGUCACUGGCGGCGCUGGAGGCAUAGGGGCAGCUACGGUGAAGCUACUGAGCUCCAAAGGCGCCAACGUGGUCCUCGCCGACCUUGAAUCUUCCAGAUCCGCCGCUGAGAGUCUGAUAUCCGGUCUGUCGAAACCAGACAAGGCACUUUUCGUCCCAUGCAAUAUUCUGGACUGGCCGCAGAUGAACGAUGCGUUCAAGUCGGCAAUAUCGGUCUUCGGACGCGUCGAUAUCGUGGUUGCAAAUGCCGGGACGAUGGAGUCCAAGAUGGUGCUCGACCUGGACGAUGAUCACGAAGAUGGAGAGCCCAAGGAGCCCACGGAGGCCUACAGGGUGAUCGAUAUCAAUCUCAAAGGCACCCUCAACACGCUGAAAUUAGGACUGCAUUACUUGGCCAAGACCUCUACGGCACAGAGUCCCGGAUCCAUCGUACUCGUGUCGUCCACGUCGGGCUAUUUCGGCGGCACAGGCGUCACGGCGUACGUUGCAUCCAAGCACGGCGUUGUCGGACUGCUCCGGUCCGCACAGGUCGAGGCCAAGAAGCGCCAUGUACGCGUCAAUGGCGUCGCGCCGUUCUUUACGCCGACCGCCAUCACGGCGGCGUACUCGCAGAGGUGGAGAGAAAAGGGAUUGGAGGCGAACACACCAGAUAACGUGGCUGGGGCGAUCGCGCACACGGCGGUCGACCGGACGCUGAUGGGGGCGUGCGUGCUGACAGCAGGCAAAUACAUGCGCGAACUGGAGCACACGAGAGCGGCAAUGAUUCCUGACUGGAUCGGAGAAGAUCUGGCCGGCCUGUUCGCCAGCGGAAUGCAAUUCUUCGAAGAGAUAGGCGGCUACCCACUACCGCGACUGUGA